AUGGCAAUCGAAAGUAACGAAUCACCAAUCUAUCUCGUUAACUUCGAAAACUAUUUAAAACCCAAAAAAAAGUCAAUUCUAAUUGAAGAAAAAACACCAAAUCAUGAAGAUCUCUUCGAAAAGAAGACCACGUUUGAGUUAUUUUGUGACUUGUCCAGUAUUCAUGGCAUCUCUAUGCUUUAUCUGAACAAAUCAGCUUCGCUCUGUGAAAGAAUACUAUGGCGAAUAAUUAUAUUUACCGCAAUUAUAAUAACAAUAGUAGUGUUAUAUUAUUGGACAGCGAUUAAUCAUGAAACUCCAACUGUGACCUUAAUUGAGACAACAAGUUAUCCGGGUUUUGUUGUACCUUUUCCAGCUAUAACUUUGUGCAGUUUGAAUCGUAUUUCUAGAAGGAGAGCUAUAAAAUUGGCAGAAAAGUUUGUCUUAAAGAGUAACUUGACAAAAGAAAAGAUCCUUGAAUUGUUCGAGGUUCCAUUGUACAUCAAUGAAAAGGUCCAUGCAAGUGAGCAGGAUUUCCAAAUGUUCGAUGAUUUAAUGACGGCAAAUAAUUCAAGUCUGCUAGAAUUGUUCUAUUACACAAAUCCCGAUUGCAUGGAGGAAUUGAAGAAAUGUAAAUGGAGAGGACGAGCUGUCCAAUGUUCAUCGAUUUUUGAGCCUGUUGUUGUCCUAAGAGGACGAUGUUGUGCUUUUAAUUAUUUCGCUAGAGAAGAUAAUCAAACAAAGAGAUACAAUAAAUUCCUUAUUCCAUCACCUGCACCACGUCAAGUUUAUGGUUGUGGCUAUGAUACUGGUCUAACCGUUCUCAUUGAUCCUCAAGCAGAUGAUUAUUUAGCUGGAGCCUUGAAAUACCCAGGCUAUCGUGUGAUUGUAGCCGAUGCUUAUGAUUUUCCCGAAGACAAUGGCAAUAAUGAGUUAUUUUCUGUUAAACAAGAAGCCUAUGUUGGUGUCAAGACAACAUUGAUUUUUGGUACUAGUUAUUUGGAGAACAUGCCAUUGUGGAAACGUGGUUGCAUCUUUGAUAAGGAAUACAAGUUGAAGUAUUUUCGACAAUACUCCUAUUGGAAUUGUCUAGCUGAAUGUUUUAGUGCGAGAUUGUGGCGGAAGUGUGGAUGUGUAACGCAUAAUAUGAUACAGCCAGUUGGUGCUCCGAUGUGUGGCUUGAAAAAGUUUCAGUGUGUUCUUAAGGAAAAUGCUAUAUUUCAACAACUUGUCGAAGAUGCUGACAUAUUGGGCAAAAAAGUCUGCAAUUGUAUGGCUGAAUGUUCUUAUUUUAAAUACCGAACUGUAGUUGCUGCUGGUGGACUUAAUAGGACAUUUGUCAAAGGAAAUCAUCGAUUUUUUAAAAAUAUCACAACAACCAACGAAAUCCUUCUACAUGUCUAUUUUAGUGGCCUAACUACGGCCAAAUAUCGAAUUGAUGCUAUCGAAAGUUGGCAAUCAAUUGUCGGCACAGUCGGUGGAAUAGCUGGUAUGACAAUGGGCAUAAAUGUCGUUUGCAUAGCUGAGGUGUUUUUCUUCUUGUGCAUUCGUCCUAUUUAUAUGAAAUACGUCAAGGCUAAACAAGAUACCUCCUAUAACAUUAAUUGAUAAAUAUCAUGUUAAGAUUUAUAAAUAAAUUAUAAGAAGGUGUGCUUUCCUUAAUUAAUAUACACAUACAUAAAUAUUGGUCAAAUAAAUUAGAACUCCAGACAACACUCUGUGUCAAGUUCAAAUACAGUCUUUAUUGGUUUUUGUUAUCGAAUUAGCAUCGAGUAAGUUGGUAUACCAUCGUUAUGUCGAAGAAACGUAUUUUUACAAUUCGUUCGGUAGAACCAUUUAGUCCUUCUUUAUCGUCAGUAAAAAAUAAUGAAAAUUCUUCAACAAUCGAUAAAGAAA